UUACAUUACGUGUUGGAUGUGUUGAUAGGCAAAUGCCACUUUUUACCUCUCGCAUAACCUGGUUGGGGUCAGUCUGAGAAUCAGUGAACGCAGAACAAUCGCGUCGUUGUCGUCCAGUUUACACGUAACCCCUCGCGCUUAUUCAGAAUUCUGAAAUUCCAAGCCCGAUCUCCUCUCCUCUUCCCCGAAUCUCGGGCGCCGCCGUAACCCUAGCCCCCGCGAUCCGCUCGCCGGAGGGAAGGAGGGAUCUCCGCAGGCGCCCAUGGAGGUGAAGUUGUGGAACGACAAGCGCGAGCGGGAGCUCCUGGAGAGCUACGCGGACCUGUACGCGAUCAUCAAGGCCGUGGAGAAGCUGGAACGGGCCUACGUCCGGGACCUCGUCUCAGCCGCCGACUACGAGGCGGAGUGCCUCAAGCUUAUCUCCCAGUUCAACUCCCUCUCCUCCUCGCUCGCCGGCGCCGUCACCGUCCCUCGCUUCGUCCAGGCGUACCGCCUCGAUUGCCCCGCCGCGCUCAACCGCCUCCUCCAGUCGGGCGUCCCGGCCACCGUCGAGCUCCGCGCCGCGUCCGCCUCAUCCGCGCCGGCCGCCACCGCCGCCUCCGCGUCAGCCAUCGCGCACUGCGUGCAGACCUUCAUCACCGCCAUGGACGCCGUCAAGCUCAACAUGCUUGCCAACGAUCAGGUCCGCCCCCUGCUGCAGGACGUCGCCACAUCCAUGGCCAGGCUCGGUUCCUUGCUGCCGCCCGACUUUGAGGGGAAGGUCAAGGUUAACGAGUGGCUUGCCAAGCUGCAUAAAAUGGGCGCCGCGGAUGAACUCACCGAGCAGCAGGCCAGGCAGCUCAACUUCGACCUCGACUCGGCCUACAGUGCCUUUUUGGCUGCGCUGCCCGCCGCUGGUCUGUAACCGGGCGUGGACCUGAUCAGUACUCUAGACAUGAACUUUUUGUGGUAUUUUGUCUGCUGACGAGAAAGUGCUGAGCUUAUACUGACCUGAUCUCUUGUCAAUGAGUUCUGCAAUAUUUGUAUGUUACAUGCAUUACCACAUAAUUUAUGCAUGAUGCCGUAUACGGUAGAAUGCUUGCAUAUGGCCUGUUCAUUUGGAUAUAUUUCUUACCAUUGGGUUAUACGAAGCAGUAAGUGGAACUUAUAUAGUUUCCUGUAGACCUCAUGAUCUUUCUAUUUAUAAGAAUGCGCAGUUGGAAUUGUUGAUAUGUGCUAUUGGUUUUGUCGAUUCCUUUUUUGUUCUCAAGAUCAAUUGUAAUGCAAACAGAGAACAUAUACCUGCAGUGCACUCAAUUUUAGUAUGGUUUGUCAUCUUGGAAUUUUCUUUGCAAUAGCUGACCUGCAUGCU